CCGACGCGGCCCGCCGACGCAGGCCGUCCGGAGCGGGCGGGACGGCGCGCGCCUGGCCCCCGACCCGGGCGUCAUCAAGCGCUACUACCGAUUCGAGCAGACGAUCACGUUCCCGGCGGCCGACCUGCGGCUGGACCCCGCCGACGCCUCCCGCAGCUUCCUCUUCAACGUGACCGUCUCGUACCAGCUGCGGCGGGCCUCGGCCGAGCAGCUGAUCACCGUCGCCGUCGGGAGGGACAACUUCGGCAUCCGGGUCCAGCGGGGCGCGCAGAUCCCCUUCGGCGCCUACCGCAAGCUGGUGUUCGAGAGCGAGUGCCGCACGUGCAGCGCGGAGGAGCUUCGGGACAUGAAGUACAAGUGGAACCUCCAGAUGAUGACCUCCAGCGGCACCUUCGGCUCCUCGCGGCCCCCGUCCGUCGAUGAGGAGGAGGAGCGCAUCUUGGAGGCGCUGCGGCAGGGGCGCCCGAAGGAGACGUUCCUCCCGCGGCCCCGGGACUACCUGAGGGUGUACAAGUCCGACCUGUUGCUGCAGCUCGACGAGGGCGGCGAGAGGCGUCCCUUUGCCGCCUCCUUCCCGCCCCCGGAAGCCAAGGAGAUCAGCGCCAGCGACCUCAAGAAGUUCCCUGCGUCCCUCUCGCGCGACCUCCUCGACCGCGCCCGCCGAAUCAUGCGUGAGGAUGGCAGCGUCGACCGCGCCGCCUGGAGGAGCCUGAGGCUCGAGCUGAGGGGCGAGGUCUGGAAGGACACGGCCAAGCAGGGCGAGGAAGGACGGAGCAAACGGGACGCCCAAGAAGGCGACCGUCACGCGCCCCCGCCGCCCGCGACGCAGCAGGACCUGGAACAGAAGUCGCGGUCGCGUCGCUCGGUUGAUCCGUGGGCGCAAGAAGGACGUCUGCAGCUCGCCCAACUCCAUCGGCAGCCCCUGCCACUCGGGGGUGAAGGGCAUGGCGACCGGAAGCCCUCUGGCGGCCAUGAAGGCAGAACAAGAGGCGGCGACCGAGGCCGUGGCGGGGACGAGGAGCGGGAGAUGAGAGACUACGACUACCUCGCGGGCGAAGGGACGCCCCCUUGGCCGCGAGACCCGGCGGAGGCCCCCCGACACGCCGCCCCGGGGAGAGUCGGCAAGACUGCAGGCGGCGCUCGCACGAAGCCAGUUCUGGCGGAGGAGCCGGCGGGAGGCAGAGGCAGCGGCGAGCGCUUGGAAGAGGAGGAGGACGGCCAUGAGGCGGGAGAGGAUCCCGGCGGUGGAGGCGGCGCCCCGACGGAACGAAUUCAUAGCCGUGAGCACCAAGGGCGUGACGCGCUUGACACCGGAAGCACAAGACGCCGGAAAAACUCGUUCGAGACAUCCUUGGUUCGCGACGAAUCCGGAGUCAAAGCCAGCAGUCCCUGGAGCGCGUCUCCGGACGACGAUGACGAGGGUGAGAACGCCUCGGGGAACUCCGGUUCGAAGGAGACGACUGGCGCGGCGGUGACCCCAGACGCCGGCCCCGGCGGGGGGGUCACGCCCAGUGUCACGCAGGUGCGUCGGAUGGCCCCCGGGGAGAGCGUAGCCGGCUCGGUCACGCCAGACGCCGUUCCCCGUGACGCCGUCACGACCGACGCGGGACAGGCGUCGGUCGUUGACACGGAGCAGGAGGAAGCCGCGGCCGCCCUGGCCUCGGGAGAGCCGCCAGAGACGCUGUUGCGCUCGGGCGCAGCAGGUGAAGGGAGCCCUGGCUCGGGGGAGGACCCGCGGCGAGUCGUCCUGGGGGCUGGCAGGGUGAGGACCCGGGCGGAGUCUGCGGUCGUCGCCAGCGUCCCCGUCACCUCGGGAUGAAACCGCAGAGCAUCGUGCCCGCGGCGCAUCCCCGACCCCGGCGCUCUCGCCGUCGAACGCGCUCGACGCAGACGUGGGAAAGUCCGGGGCCGCGAGCGCAAGCGCUGGGGCGGCGGCGACCACCUCGGGGGUGAGUCCACAGGACGAGCCCGGGCCCCCAGCCGCCCCUUCCGGCCCUCCCUCCGCCCCCUCGCCCCCCCUGCCCGCCGCCCUUUCAGCGGCCGGUUCCGGCGAAGGCGAACAAAUUUCCCCGUCUAUUAAUGAACAUUCAAGCAAGGAGGACGAGUGGACGCGACCGCUUCCAGCCGCCCCGUCCCGCAGGAGCGCGCUGAAUAGAGAGGAAAGGGAGAAAAAAGGGGGAGAAAAACUGGACGAGGGGGAGGGCGAAGGGCACAGGAAGCAAGUGGCGCGCGGCGAUACAGACGUCUCUAAAGCAAAAGGAAGAAAAGAAAGGGGAGAAGGAGGAGGAGACGAGCAGGGGCCGAGGAAGACGAGGAAGAGAAAGAGGCGAGGGAGGGAGCCCGCGCCUCCCUCCGGCCGGGGGCGGGGAGGCGGCGCUGACAGCGAGGGCGGCGGGCGCGGCGCGCGGGAUGACGGGCAUGACGGGCCGACCGACGCCGACGUGGGAAGGGAGGCACGAAGGCCGCCGCGGCCCGCCCACCCGGGCCAUGACUCGGCAUACUUGCCAAUCAGGCUCCCCGCCCCCCGCCCGCAGCCCCCCGCCUGGCCCGCCGACGCCGCCACCGCAGGGUCCGACCUGUUUCCUCCUCCUUGGGAAGCGCCGGGGAGCGAGGGACGGCGGCGGCGGCGGGGGGAGGCGGCUGCCGACGCCGCUUACAGCGCGCGUGGGGACAGAGCCGCCAGGGCGCGGGAGGGGCCGCCGGAGACGCGUCCGAAUGGAGGGACGCCUCGCGCCCGCCGCAGCGCUCGCCGGCCGAAGGAGAACCAGUUUCUGUUUACCCUCCGAUGUCCUGGUUGAGUGGACUCUCCGCCGGCAGAGGAGUCCCCCAUGACGCCCCGCUGGCCU